UGGACCACGCUACAGCGCGAGGAAUUCAAAAAUUAAAAACAAACUCUGAGCUGUUCGGUCAUUUAAGUGUUUACUUUAGGCUAGCUGCUUGUUUAAGGGCGAAGCUACUUUCUCAUCUGAAUUAACAAUGGAGGUAGUUGAAAAGCGCUCCUCCAGGUUUUAUAUGAAAUCGGUGGAAAUUCCUAAACCACCUUCGAUCGACGAUUUUGACGUUUUGAAACCCAUUAGCCGUGGCGCCUUUGGCAAAGUCUAUCUUGCCAGAAAAAAGUGCAGUGCACGUCUAUAUGCAAUAAAGGUGAUGAAAAAGGCAGACAUGGUUGACAAAAAUAUGGCGAGUCAGAUGAAGGCUGAAAGAGAUGCGCUUGCUCUCAGCAAAAGUCCCUUCAUCGUUCAUCUGUUUUAUUCCCUUCAGACAGCCACUAAGAUCUACCUGGUGAUGGAAUACCUGAUUGGUGGAGAUGUCAAGUCACUUCUUCAUAUUUAUGGAUACUUUGAUCAGGAUAUGGCUGUGAAAUACAUCUCAGAGGUUGCUUUGGCCUUGGAUUACCUCCACCGUCAUGGAAUAAUCCACAGGGACCUGAAGCCAGACAACAUGCUGAUAUCUAACGAAGGCCACAUCAAACUAACAGACUUUGGGCUUUCAAAAGUCAAGCUUGACAGAGAGCUGAGUCUGAUGGAUAUCCUCACCACUCCGUCCUUGGCUAAACCAAAACAAGAUUUCUUUCGCACCCCAGGCCAAGUCCUAUCUUUAAUCUGCUCCCUUGGAUUCAACACGCCUGCAGGAGAAAGUAAACGCCACAGCAGCGCCUCUGUCGUGUCCAGCCCAAUGUCCUGCAGCAAAGUCAAACAGAAGAACAACUCUCUUGGUUCUCCUUUGACAAACAGUACAUAUCAGCUGUUUUCUCCGACUGGCUAUGAAAAUAAAAUAGGACCUAAAAUUAAAACGUUCACUCAUCAUAAUCUGACAAAAAACCUGACUCCCACGUUGCUGAAGAUCAGGAAGAGGUUUGAGACGAUGAGCGCCGACAGCACCCCCGACACCGAGGGUGGCGUCAGUCCCAUGUGGGAGUGUGAGGAGAAAGAAAACAAACACGUUGAUAAUCAGAGGGUUAGAGGGCAGUCUGAGUCCAGAGAGCCCAAACAGACCCAUGGACCCACAAAACUCUGCACAGCUGGGGUCUCUGCUGAGGCCUCUAGUAGCGUGUCAACUAAAGGACCGCAUCAGGACUAUCUUUUAGGAGCAAUACCUCACUGCUCAAAGCCGGUGUGGGACGACUGUCCGGCUGCAACCUCUGUCAAAAGGACAUUUUCACACGUAGAAUCAAGCCCAGAGUCGCUGGAGGUCAAAGCCAAAAAGGGAAAUGCGGACUACAAGAGAUGCUGUAACAUUCCAGAAGAUGCUGGGAUGAGUCACACUGGUCUGACUGAAACAUUUUCCACCUUCAAGAUAGGUGGCUCCCUGGGGAAGGAGGAAGCUGUACACAUCAGUCUGAAAGGCUCCAGUCCCAUCGUUGUGGCUAAAAGUCUGUUCAGGGAGGUGGACGAGCCGACCGAGAACGUGUUUGAAGAUGCCUUUAAAGACUCGUCACCUUUUUGCCUCGUGUCACCUCUACAUGGGAACGCCGACAUGUGCCGGAGCUUGAGUCUAGACCCUGACGGAUCCAUGCAUGACACGUCUCUCCCUCUGGACAUCCAUCCAAACAAAUCGGCAGAAACUUCUGCUUCUUACGCCGAAAACGAGGACAAUGAGGGCUCAUCAAUGAUGGAGACUGUUGCUAUGGUAACCCCGGGAGGUGAAUCUCCGCUUUCCCUCAGUCGACUCGCUGAUCCUGUGCGGAGUGUUGCAGAAGUCCCCCUGGUCCUCCGGCAGCGAAACGCAGUGGUUUUCCGCAGCUACUGCAGCUCCAUCAAUCGCUCCAGCGUGUUGGGAGGUUCCAGGCUCAGUUUAGGAUCAGUGGAGACCAUGGAUGUUUCCACACCCGCGUCUUAUCACUCAGCCCUUGGUGCUGCCACACCCGUGCAGCAAUGCCGUAACUCCAACAGCUCCGCUUAUCAGACUCCCCAGCCUGUGUCGACCUCCCACACCCCUUACAGAACUCCAAAAAGCGUCAGACGGGGUGCGCUUCCUGUUGAGGGUGCACCGAUCUUGGGAACGCCGGAUUAUUUGGCUCCAGAGCUGCUGCUGGGAAAGCCACACGACUGCAUGGUGGACUGGUGGGCGCUUGGCGUGUGUCUGUUCGAGUUCCUCACCGGCGUUCCGCCGUUCAACGACGAGACGCCUCCGCUGGUUUUCCAGAAUAUUCUCAACAGGGACAUCCCCUGGCCAGAGGGAGAGGAGGAACUGUCUGUAAACUCCAGGAACGCCAUCGAAAUCCUGCUCACCAUGGAGAUGACCAAGCGUGCAGGUCUGAAAGAACUCCGAAGCCACCCCCUGUUUGACGGCCUGGACUGGGAUGACCUGCAGAACCAGCCGAUGCCGUUCAUUCCUCAGCCGGAAGACGAAACCGACACCUCGUACUUUGAGGCGAGGAACAAUGCUCAGCACAUCGCCGUGUCGGGAUUCAGCCUGUAGCUUCAGCUGGACGUGUGUGAGGAGGGUUUCUAAACGGCACCAAUUUUAAAAUUAAUAAUCUAUUUAGGACAAAAUCAGAGUCCUAUAAAUAAACGAGUUAAUGGUUUUGAUGGUUUAUCUGCUCUGAUUCUUUUAGGUUUUAAAUUAAGUGCAAUGAGGCUGUUAUAAAUAAUAUUCUGUUCUCUGUUCUGUUUAACCUGCUGCUGAUUUUCAUGUUUAUUUUGUCUUCCUCUCUUGUUUUAAAUGUCCCAGCUGUUGUACUUGGGUGGGCGUGUCCCUUAAAGGGCCGGAGCGCUGUUAAAGAAACAACUUUAAUAUAUUAUUUUUUUAAAUCUUGUAAUGAUCAGAUUGUAGCAGUGGUCACUGCUUUUUUUUUCCAUUUUCCACACUACAAAUGAAUGUCUUUUGACUUUUUUUUUCUUUUUACAUUUUUCUCUAAGAAAAAAGAGAAAAUAUCAAUUAAUUUGUACCAAUUUCCCUUGGGUAUCAAAGUAAUUUCAAUAAACUCUAAAUUUGAUUUC